ACGAAACUGAAUGCCAAGUUCCCAUUGGCUCGGUGUUUCUGCAGAGCCGGCAUCCUGCCCGGGUUGGCCGUGCUCUUAAACCAAGGGUGCCACCCUCCAGGGCAUCCUUGAGAAAGGAGCCCGCCGUCUCCGCAGCCAGUUCCGCCCCUCCAUGUGGCUAGGGACUGUACAGUAACCCACAGCCAUGGGGUCCCAAGGCAGCUUGGGGCGGGAGAGCCUCCUUCUGCUUGCAGUGCUGGUAUCAGCGAUGGUGCUAACUCCGACCGUAGCCAUUCACGUUUACACAGACCGGGAGGUCCACGGCAGGGUGGGCUCCAAAGUCACGCUUUCCUGCACCUUUUGGUCAAGGGAAUGGAUCUCCGAUGACAUUUCCAUCACUUGGCACUUUCAGCCGGAGUACAGCAGAGACAGCAUUUCGAUAUUUCAUUAUGCCAAAGGCCAGCCAUACAUAGAUGACAUUGGGACAUUCAAGGAUCGCAUCUCGUGGAUCGGGGAUCCUGGCUGGAAAGACGGUUCCAUUGUCAUCCACAAUUUGGACUACACAGACAACGGAACUUUUACCUGUGAUGUCAAGAACCCACCCGACAUUGUGGGGAAGUCAUCUCAGGUCACACUCUACGUCUUUGAAAACGUGCCUGUCAGGUAUGGCGUGGUUUUGGGAGCUGUGAUUGGAGGUGUGUUGGCUGUGGUUCUCGUCGUCUUGGUGAUCGCCUACCUCAUCAGGUAUUGCUGGCUGAGAAGACAAGCCACUCUGCAGAGGAGACUCAGUGCUAUGGAGAGAGGCAAGCUGAGGCUGGGCAAGGAUUCAUCCAAACGAGGUCGCCAGGCUCCCGUCCUGUAUGCCAUGCUGGACCACAGCCGCCUGACCAAGUCCGCCAGCGAGAAGAAAUCCAAGGGACUGGGCGACUCCCGCAAGGAUAGGAAAUAGCGGUUAGCAGGCAGGGAAGGUACCC